CUCGGACUGUGACACCAAACCCACUUGUCCCACAGAUAAUGUAAAGUAAGGGACUCCCCGACUUCCGAGGAAACGACAGCCACCUAUAGAGUAGAGUAGGGCCGAAAGCUACUCGAGUAUGCGGGGUGUGGGGAAUAAAGGGCGGCCCGCAAUUGACAGAUCAACGCACUUGGCAGCUCUGUUCUGCCCUCGUGGGCAUCGUUUUUGCUGAAGCACGCAUUGGAUUUCUGCAGAGUAUAUAACCACAACGUGGGUCACUGAUAUUCCAGAACCAGAUCAACAGACCGACGAUCAAUCUUCUCUCCUCUGCUGUCAGCCAAGACCUGAACAAGGCAACACGCCUCACAGAGCCUGUGCUACCGACAACAUGGCCGCCGAAGAAAUCAACGAGAAGUCUGCGGCGCAGGUCACCGAGGAUAAGGCAGCCCCCGGCGACUGGAAUCUUCGCCAUGUGCUUCCCAAAGACCCCCGGCCGUGGUACAAGCAACGACAUCUUCUGCUCCUCAACCUCGCCAUGAUAAUUCCCGCCCUCUCGAGUACGACUAAUGGUUACGAUGGUUCUAUGUUAAACGGUUUACAAUCAAUGAACCAAUGGCAGAGUUACUUCGGCUCUCCCAAAGGAACCCGACUAGGCUCACUCGCAAACGCUACCAUCUUCGGUCAAAUCCUCGCCUUCCCCAUUGUGCCGUGGCUAUGUGAUCACACAGGAAGACGGUUCCCAAUCUUUUUGGGCUCUGCACUUCUUGUCGUUGGGGCCAUACUUCAAGCCGCAGCCCAGAACUACGGGAUGUUCCUCGCCUCAAGAAUGAUCAUUGGUUUCGGGGGUCUAAUCGCCGUGGAACCGUCACCUUUGCUCAUUAGCGAGCUGGCUUACCCAACGCACCGCCCAGUCCUAACGGCUUAUUACAACAACCUCUGGUAUUUAGGCGCGAUAGUGGCCGCUUGGGUCACGUACGGUACAUAUUGGAUGGGAUCUAACAACUCAUGGGCAUGGCGAAUUCCAUCCCUACUUCAAGGAUUCAUGCCACUUAUCCAAGUUCUCUUCGUUUACCUACUUCCUGAGUCCCCAAGAUACCUAGUCCUAAAGGGCAAGCACGAUGAAGCACACAAAGUCCUUGUGAAAUACCACGCUAAUGGGGACGAGGCCUCGCCCCUUGUGGAGUUUGAGAUGAAAGAAAUCACGCUGCAAAUCGAAGAGUCAAAAAGGAUAUCUGGGACAGGCUACUUGGAAUUCUUGGGGACUAAGGGCAACAGGCACCGCCUGUUCCUCAUCAUCAUUAUUCCGACGUUUAUGCAGAUUUCGGGCAACGGACUUGUCAGCUAUUACCUCCAUUUGAUUCUUGAUAACAUUGGAUAUACCUCGGCACCGGCUCAACUUCGAAUUAACGGCGGCCUCAUGGUGUACAACUUUGGCAUCUCGAUCAUUCUCGCAUCUUUUGUGGAGAUCGCCGGACGGCGCCGUUUGUUCCUAAUCUCCACUGUCGGUAUGCUGGGGUCUUUCAUUAUCUGGACGGUGCUUUCAGCCAUCAAUGAGCAACGUGGCUUCGCAGACACUUCUCUCGGAAGCGCUGUCAUCUCCAUGAUAUUUAUCUUCUACCUCUUCUACAACAUGGGGAUGAACGGCCCGCCCUGGCUGUACGUCUGUGAGAUCCUCCCGACGAAUCUCCGAGCGAAAGGUGUGAAUUUGAUGCAAGUGGCCGCAACCUGUGUGCUGAUCUUCAACGGUUAUGCUAACCCCGUGGCGAUGGAAGCUAUUUCCUGGAGGUAUUACAUCGUGUACAUCUGUGUGCUUGCUGUAGAAGUAGUUCUCGUUUUUUUCUUCUUCCCGGAGACAAAGGGGAAGACAUUGGAGGAAGUGGCUUUCAUAUUUGACGGCGAAUCAGCAUUUGGGGAAAAUCACAGUAGGGAUGUGAUUGUUGGGAAGGACAAGGAAGCGGAAGUUUGAUAGUUUGUGUGUGCUUAGUGGUACUCUCCUCAAGCUGCUUUCACUACCAAUGCUUGCAUAUACUGUAUACUGCAUAACAAAGCUCAGAUUCA